AGGUUUAAGUAUAUUUCUAUUGGCAAUGCAGUUCGAUUCGGAAUUUUAAAUAAAAACUUUAUAACGGGAUAAAUCAAGUGUGGAAAGGUGUGGUAGUGAUGCAAUUCUAUCUAUUCAAAUUAAGAAGUUUAUGUUUUGCUGCUGUUGUUAUAUUUAUAACACAGGAUGCGUCAGGAAUUGAAACUCGUGCAAAGCGGCGUAUUGAUCUUCUCAGCGCACCGCAUGAUUUCGAUGCACCUUACGGACCCCACUACACGGAUGUCGAAAACUACAACGAUAUAUUUGAAGAAGUUGCAAAAUUAACUCCAUAUAACGAAAACUCAUCACGUAUACAUGUUUUCCGGCGUGGCUGCAUAUCUCGUGGCGGUGCUUGCGAUAGUUGGCCCAAUGACUGCUGCUACAAUAGUUCGUGUCGCUGCAAUCUCUGGGGAAGCAAUUGUCGUUGUCAACGCAUGGGACUCUUCCAGAAGUGGGGCUAAGGGCCAAUGUAUAUAAUAAAGAUUUCUCACUACUGGCAACCAAUAUUCGGUCAACAUUAAAAUCUUUAAACUAAUGUGACACCCUCCCAUCUAUGAACGAGUCGGCAUUUUCGGCCGUUUUAAUAUCAUAACUAAAAAUUUGAAAGUUCAUUUCGGCAAUUCCAGUAAGAGUUGCCAAGUACCCGGAAAUUUGUUGUAAAAACUUAUUGAAUAUUUUUAAGAUUUUCAUCACAAUAUAUUAUUGCACAUUAAUUUUUACGUCAUAUCCUUUGCGAAUUCACUAGCCGGCAUUUAUGAAAAUUCUAACUUCAGUAAAACGCAAUAAAUAGCUCUAUAAUUGCGGAAGCAAGCUUAAAAAGACACCUUUUCGUAAUUUCCACGAGGAUUAUUAAAACACUACAAUGCUCGAAACAGUGGUUUAAUAUAUUUUUUUUUAAGUUCGAAGAAUGAAUUUACUAUCGAUCGUCAUUCUUUCAAAAGUCGGUUAUCUCCUAAUUUACUUUUAUAUGUGCAAUAUUUAUAUUCACAAGAAACUCGUUCUGUUUAAAUUGACGAAGGAGAUUAUGAUUAGUUUAUCAUAGCGUAUCAUAUAGGUAUACAGCAAUGUUAAAAAUUCAAAUCAGCGAGUGAAUCGGCGUUCAAAUGAACGAGUGUUCGAAGAUGGAUUUUGUCCUAUCAAAAAAAUCGGGCGAAGGGUUGGCUAAAAAAAUUGUAGAAGCUCUUAAUUCAAUGGGGAUUUCGAUCAAAAAAAUUGUUUUCCAGUCCUACGAUUUUGCAAAAAACAUGUCCCAAGGAACCCAGCGAAAAUUGUCAGAAAAAUGUGAGAAAUCUAUCCCUUAUAUACCAUGUCAUGCUCAUCGGAUCAACAUAUUUGUUGAAACAUCAUGCAAUUCAAGUGUUUUGAUUAAAGGAUUCUUUAACGUUUUAGAAACACUGUACGUUUUUUUUUCUGGAAGUACGAAACGUUUUCUUAGUUUGCGAAAAGAAUUAAAUGAUAUUGAGAAUGCAUUGCAACUGAAAAACCUGUCAAUAACACGAUGGACUGCUCGGACUGAAACAGUAAAAGCUGUGUGGAUUUCUUUCGAAGGUAUUGUUAACGCUAUGGAAGUCAUUCAAAAAGAUUCAGAAAAUUUUGAUAACAAUACACGUACAUUAGCUUCUGGUCUGCUUAAAAAAAUUCUGGAUUUUGAUUUUAUUAGCUCAUUAUUUUUUUGUAAAAAUGUAAUGUUUAAAGUAAAAAAUUUGACAGAAAGUUUGGAAGCCGAGAAAUUGAACGUCAUUGACGCAUUAUUGCUGAUUGAAAGCAACGUCAUUCCAACAAAUGAAUGACGAUUCACAAAUUAACGCAUUGCUAGCGAGUUCAGUUGCAUUUGCUGAAAAGUGUCAGAUCAACCCUGAAAAUGACUUUUCGAAACACCACAGAACACGCCGUGCUCCAAAAAAAUAUGACGAUAAUCCAGCAACUGCUUGUAAUUUUGAUUUCCAGACAUUUUAUAGAAAAGACUUAAAAAUUGUCCUCGAAAAUUUUACAAAUUGUAUUCAAGAUAAUUUGCAAGAAACUAUGUCAACCUUCAAACCCAUUCAAGAGAUGUUCAGGAUUCCAGCUAACAGAAGUAUUAUUACAAUAGAAUCUAUACAAUUUGUUGUGCAAUUGGAACCUAAGUUCUUCAGUGAAGAUCUAGAUUGUAUUUUUGCUGAAACACAAUUCUUUUUGAUUCAUGUAAAGAGUGUAAAUCUUUCGAUGACAUUUCUAUAGUAGCGUACAAAUUGAGAAAGGUCAUUCCUUCUGCGUAUAAAAUUGUUCAUUACAUAAUGACUGCUCCUGUCACGUCAGCUUCAUGUGAACGUUCUUUUAGUAAAUUGAAAUUUGUUUUCAACGAUUUGCGUACAACAAUGGGGGAUGAACGUUUGAAUUCUUUGAUGCUGCUUUCUUCUUCAAAGGAUAAAGUAGACGAAAUCGAUCUGCGCGAUGUUGUUGGAAAAUGGUCAAUGUUGAAACAUCGCAGAGUGAAAAUAUAUGUAACUCAGAAAUUUAUAUUUUUUGCAAUUCAAUUUCUUAAGAAAAUCUUGUUUUUUCCCGCGUAACACGUCGCUGAACAAUAUAUGUAUUUUAUAUUAAGAGAAACAUAUUAAAUGAUGAUAACACAAAUAUGUACAAUACUUAAUUGAGAAUAAAAUAAUGAAUUAUGCUAUUAUGUUGUCAAACUUCUCCGUAAUACCUUAUCAGAAAUGAAGAUAUCCUUAUUUUAUAUAUAUUUAUAAACAUAUACAUUAACCCUCCAUUGCUAACCUUAGGGUCGAAUCGACCCAGACACGCAAACUUUUUAAAUUAACAAAAAAUAAAGAAUAUUUUUUAACGCAAGAUACAUGUGUAAUCUAAAUUUGUACAUAUUUAAACGUUUAUAAACAAUAAGAAUAAGAAACAUGUAAAAUAUUAUGCAUAAAAAAUUGUUUUAAAAAAUAGCCUGGGUCGAUUACAUUACAUAAUUGAAAAAUUUUUGCAUUAGUCAUUCCAAUUUUUCUUUUUAACAUUUUACUUUUAUAUUUCAGGUUUCAAAUGCACUUUAUUUGAAGUCAAUAUCUUUAAAACUUAUCAUUUUAUGCGGAAUCUGGCUGGAUAACUUUUUUUCACUUUUUUAGCUAUGUUGUAAUGAAUACAAACUUAAUUUCAAUUUAAGUAUAUAAUUUAAUUUUUUAACACAUCAUUUUAUAAAUUUAACAAUAAAAUACUACAAUAUACUAAAAGACGUAUACGUUUUAGCAAUUUAUAAGUUUAAACGAUUUUAAUAGAUAAUACAAAUGAGGGUUGAUAAGACCCAUGGUUAGUAACCAUGCGACAUGAUUUGAGGUUAGUAAUGCAGGGUUAAAUCGGCAAAUUCUUGAAAUGAGUCGGCAUUUCAAAGGGACUCAAGCCAGGGUUUUAACGGGACGGAGGCAGUUUCGACAUUAGCCCUACAGCCAUUUCUGAUGGGUGUCACCCCAUCAUACUCAGGUGCCAGAAUGCCACCACCACCAGCCAAGGGUUCUAACAGAUCCAGAUAAGUUUCCUAUUCUAAAAACUAGUUCGCUGCCAAAAAGUCGUCUAGGAAGUUGUAAGGCCGCGAAGGCCUUAUACCUGAUACUUCCAUAACAUUUUUGGAGUAAUUUUAUCGUGUCUUGAUGACUUUUUUGAAAGUCGUUUUUUGGACAAUUAUGCCGAAAUACUUUCCCUAGGUAGUAUUUAAGUCGGUUAUGUACAUCUACAUUCAGACUUAUACUUUAUCCACGUUUUAAAUCUUUUGAAUAUUAUUUUGCCAGUAAUUAUAUUACCUAAUCACUAAAAAAUAAUAUAACGGUAUACCAGGUACGCAGAUAAAUUAAUAUGUCUGGGAAUUGAUAAAGAAGCUAAAGUUUUAAAAUUUUGUUUACCAAUAGCGAUAUUAUUUUUAUUUGUAACGAAGUACUAGCUGUGUUUGCGUCUUUAUUAUGUGUGUUUGCCCAAAAACGAAACAAAAUAAGAUAAAAACAUCAACUACAUGUUUAUAAGAUUUUAAAUUUUGAAUAUUUAUACCUAUAGUAUAUUAUUCAAGGAAAUCGAUGUAUUUACAACAAACAAAAUGAGUAAUUUAAACUCUAUUGUAUGAAAAUGGUUAAAAUAUACAAAAAAAAUAUGUAAAUAAACUAUUGACAAAUAUUUACUUUAGUCAAGCAGCAGAUACAACUGACUUUGAAGUAUUCUUAACUUUCAAUACUCUAUUGAGGAAUGUAGUAUACGAAUAUAUAUUCCUGAAUAUUCGAAUAACUGGAAGAAUUUCAAAUACGUUUUGUAAUUAAUU